AUGGUCGAGGUUCCUGGCGUAACGGAGAACGGGCGUCCCCUUCUCGUGCCGCUCAAGCAUGCAAACACUCUCAAGAUUGCUCAAGCUCUUUUCGAGGACGUCAAGAAUCGGCCAGGGUUUGCCUUGUUUCCGAGCGAAAAGAAGGUUAAUGGAAAACGUGUGUACACGCGACCUCAACAUUGCAAUUGGUGGCUUGAGGCACAGCGAGCUCUUGGAUACCCUGAUGAGGUUAUUGCUGCCCUCAUAGUGUACUCUGACGUCACACAGUUGUCUAAAAACGACACACAGAAGGUAUGGCCGGUGGUUAUCACGUUGGGUAAUAUCGCUGUCGAGCACCGCUGGAAGCCGAGUGCCAAACAGAUGGUGGCUAUGUUGCCUAUGCCCCGAUCGACAUGGAGUAGUCAUGUGAAGACCCAACUGUAUCAGAAGUGUAUGCAGAUUAUUCUACAGCCACUCCUUGAUGCCUCUAACAGUUCGACAGGUUGCACGUGGUCGGAUCCUUACGGUGAUUUGCGGACUGUGUGGCCCCUGUUAUAUUGCGUUGCUGGGGAUUAUCCUGAGACGUGCAAGGUGUCCUGCACAUUUCAGCACAGCAGCGCGCGCCCUUGUUCGCUAUGCUACAUCCGAAAGGAAGAUCUGGAUGAUUUGUCAAAGGCCAGCAAGAUGCGGAAUGUGAAGGAGCAACGCUUCAUCAUGAACAAGUAUAACGCUCUUUCGUGCACGAACAAGACACUCGCGGCAAAUUUUGCUAAGAAUUGGUCGACAUUUCCGGUUCCUAGUUUCCUCUGGGGGUGGCGUUUCUCCGAGAAGGAUUGGGGAAAUCCCUAUCUUGCCUUGAUGCCUGAUGUCCUGCACCAAGCUGAUGUUGGUGUUUGGACACACAUUCGUGAGGCUCUGUCCCAGCUCCCGAAGGCAAAGGACGGUACCUUAGACGCGCGCCACAAAUGGAUGUGGUUGAACGGUCGCAUAGCCGGGCUGAAACUUCCGCAGCCCGGGAAUUAUUUCACUUCCGCUGCAAGCGUUUCAGCAGCCGAGCACAGAGCCGUGAUGCAGGUUGCGAUCUUCAUUUUGGAGGGGCAGGUGGAGGACAAACACAUGGAGGCGGUGAAGGCGUAUCUUAGGUGGUACAAAGCAACUUUCCGACCACGAUUCCACACAGAUGAAAGCCUUUCGAAAGUGCAGACGCUUGCACUUGAGAUGGUUUCUAAGCUGGAAGUGGCUUUUCCAGAGCAGAGUUCAGCUUGGAAGCUGAUCAAGGUGCACAUGGUGGUUCACUACGUGGCUGCAAUCAAGAGGGGUGGGUUGCCUGAGGAGUACUCCACCAACAUGUACGAGCAGUUCCACAAGAACAUUGUAAAGCGCCCGUACCGUGCAUCAAAUCGGCGACAGUGGAUGGAGUCGAUCGUGAAGAGCAACCAGUUCAUGCAGAUGCUUGCUGAGGUCGAGAGCGACAUACACGAAGAGCGCGAGUACAACUCUGCAUUCUACGAGGCCGAAACCACAUGUAAACGUGUGUUCUUACGCUCCUUUGUGGUCAUACACUUGGAGGGGAGCACGGCAAGGAAGAGCAAAACCGACCAAUUCAGUGUGUACAACGCAGCUCUUCAAGAGCGUUUGGGAACCUUGGAAGACGACCUUAGUCGUUGCAACAUUUCACGAAACACUAUUCAUGUGUUUACUGGUUGUGCUAUUCCAGCCGGAACAAGAGCAUGCCAUUCAAGGGUCACGCACUUCAUUCGCGCCAACCCUUCCCACCAUGGUCAGCCUUGGUUCUCCCAUGUAGCAGUUCUUGGCGAAGGAGGUGUGGUGUGGUAUGCUGAAGUGCUUUUGCUGUUCAAGGCGACAGGUUGUGCAACACAGUACGCCUACAUGCAAUAUUUGGAAGCGGCGGGUGUUGAUGCCAAAACCAGCUGCACUUCCAUGAAAUGGGCAUAA